AUGCAACAAGAACGUGACACCCAGCCUGGUAACCCUGGCGCCCCGGGGUCGUCAAAGAAGAGGCGAUUCUCUCGGACCAGCCGGGCAUGCAGUGAAUGCCGCGCCCGUAAGAUCCGGUGCAACGGCAGACAGCCGUGUGAGCCGUGCGAGGACUUCGAGAGGCAUUGCACAUUGACAUCCACUGCAGGGCAAAAGGUGGCAGGUGCACCGCGUACCAAAAUCUUGGAGGACCGAUUACGGCGCGCACGGCACUUGAUAAGAAAACUUCAAGCACAAAAUCCGGCUCUCCUCCCGGCGGCUGAGGUCGCUGGCAUUUUUGAUUCUCCCCCGGUGUCCCCUUCCCCGGCGUCUGACACUGCCUCAGGCGUGACGGUUGGAGGCCAGGGCGGAUAUCUGGAGGACAUGAUGAUAGGAAAGGGUCUUUUGCCCCUAGAUCAAGGAUCCGGUGUCUACUAUGGCGCGACUUCAGGCCUCUGCUUCCUUUACGACACCCUGCAACUUUUCCCUCCCAAUUCUCCACAGCAUGGAAGCGUCAGCCCUGAACGACCACACCAUGUCUUAUUGAGGCUUUUCGAAUCUCCACCUUGGGACCCUCAGGGUUUGCAGAUCGAUCUGUUGUCUUCUCAACAUCUACCGUCACAGCAGACGGCUUUGGACCUACUGGACACUUAUUUUGGCAACGUGUACCCCUUGUUCCAGUUUAUGCACGAACCCACGGUUCGACAAUACGUCGAUCGUAUUUACCACCUUGAUCUGUUAGAUUUGGAAGACUUGGACCACGACUUUCUCCCUCUAUUCCAUUCGGUGAUGGCACUGGGCUACCUAUUCGAUCAGACCACACAUCAAACUUACGGUUGCAAGGGAGCUCGGGAUCAAGCGAUGCGUCAUUUCAUCUUUGCCCGCGGCAUGAUCGAACUCGAUCGAGAUCGGGGUAUUCUUGGGUUGCAGGCUCUGACAUGCCUGGCUCUAUUCCUGAUAUCUACCUCGAGACUGGCGUCCGCACAGACCCUGAUCGCUUUAGCGGUGUCAGCUUGCAUGCGCAUGGGUUUACAUUUACAAACGUCUUGUAGCGGCUUGACACCACUUUCUCGAGAGGUCAGGAUACGCACAUUCUGGACGGUGGUCAAACUUGACUUGUACAAUAGUGGCGCACUCGGGCAGCCCUUGCUGAUGGAUCUGAGGCACGUUGACCAAAUUAAACCAAGUGGCCUCUCUCGUGGCUAUUGCAAUGAAGAGAAUGGCGGCGUGUCCUCGGCCACGAGUCGACGGAUCCUGGCUGCUUCUGCCCAGUAUCUCGAACUUUUAAUCAUUUCUCGGAAAGGGGUGGGAAAAUUGUAUCCCAAAACCGACCAAGAGGCCGGGAUGGUUAACGUCUCGAAGAUGUUCCCGGUCAGUGAAACGACCAUGGAUGAAAUCAAAGAAGAAUUGAAAGCCUGGCGAGAGGGACUGGCGGAUGCUUUAGGACCCGCCGAGGGAACAGAUGCCACACGCAGUGUAACCUAUGAACUGGAAAUGGUUCAUCAUUAUGAACAAGCCCUUCUUUACCGUCCAUUCCUACAUUAUUUGGCUAAAACCAAGGACGAGAGUCCGCCAGAUGCUCGUCUCCUAUACUGCGCCACGUUAUGCGUCCAAAUAUCGCGGUUGACGAUUAUCCGGUCGGAGGAACUGCUCUCACAGGGACUUCUCGCACCUGCUUCAUGGCAGUUGACAUACAUCGUCUUUCUCUCGAUCGUCACACUAUUCUAUUUUCUUGCUACUCAGCACGAACAUAGAGAGUACACGGCGAUUCAAAAGGAAGCAGAGCGUGGCAUUCGAGUUCUCCAUGCCACCUCUUACCUAGACGCUGGAUCCCGGCGAUGUCUAGAUGUCCUGAGGAUGCUGAUCGGAAAGCAAUCUCAUUCCGUCCAUCUCGACGUCGACAGGCUGCGGCCCAGCCUCCCGCUCCGGAACUCAUUCCAAUCCGGCUAUGCCCAAUGA